UAAUAACAUUAGAUUUGUCUCCUUUUUACUCUACAGUGUAUGAGUUGGACAUGGUACUUAGCUGAUGAUAUGCAAUUUUACAUCAUUGCUCCUGUGAUCCUGUUCAUAACAUACAGGUUUCACCUGCGAGGACUGCUUGCCAUUGUCGCUGUAUUGUUGGCUGCCAGUUUUUUCAUUACAGCCACCAUUUAUUCUUCUUAUGAUCUCACGGGUGAUGAUUACGACCUUGUAUACACCAAACCAUACUGUCGUAUCCCUUCAUACCUUGUUGGUAUGGUGUUGGGAUAUUUGCUUCAUAAGGCAAAGGACUGGAGGCUCCCUACAAAGUUUGGCAGGUACGUGUUUAAUGUGACUGGCUGGUGUCUGGCCAUCAUCCUCGCUAUGUCCACUUUGUAUGGCAAAUACCAGACUGUAAGAGAGGACAAUCCUCAACCGUUCUCUCGCACCCAAUCCAUCUCAUACGGGACCUUUUCACGAUUUACGUGGAGCCUGACAAUUGCCUGGGUAAUUUUUGCGUGCCAACGCGGGCUCGGAGGUUUGGUGAACAAGAUUCUCUCGGCCCGUUUCUGGAUUCUUUUAAGCCGUCUGAAUUACUGCAGCUAUCUCGUUCAUUUCGUUGUUCUUUUGAACCUGUUAUGGUCAAAUGAGUUUGUUUGGACAUACUCUGACGUUCACAUGGCCUAUCGUUUUGCAGGCGUCACGAGCUUAACAUAUGGAGUAGCAUUCAUAUUGUCUGUUUGUGUGGAAGUUCCAGCCAUGCAGCUAGAAAAACUGAUCCUCAAUAGAAAUAGUUGAACAGUGACGUCAUUCAAAUGUUCAACAGUGUGUCUACUGAUUACUUGCCUGUAAUUUCAUUGAUAUAGAAACUGGAUUUCCACAAAUAGUCUUGUUAAAAACCCACCCCUCCUAAAUGGGUGACUAAAUGAUUUGUGAUGAAGUCGUCUGUAAGCUUGGCCGUGAUGGCAGUAGUUAUUCUUUGUUUUGUUCACGGUGGAGUUGCCGGUAAACACCGAAAGAAUUGUACGUAAAAAUGAAGAACCAGAGCCACACAAGAUAUUUGUGACGAUCGCAGGUCAUAGCUGACAGUAGACAGGUGUACAGCAAGGGAAGAAGAAAGGUUCACUCAUUUGCAUUCAUCAGCGAAACAAAUUGGAAUUAUCCUAUGUAAUUGUAAGUUCACUGAUUAUCCAACUACACACCUUAGAGUACAAAUAACGCCGUGGACGACUACAAACAUCACGCGAUAUUUGUGCUCCAGAGUUCUGGUUAGACAGGUUUUCUCGCAUCGCGCAAGUGAAUUGGAUUGAAGUUAAGAAAAGAAAAAUGGCCGACAACUUGAAUCAUACUUCUGACGAAGAAGAGUCAUAAUGGCUGGCAAAUAAAGAUACAAGUUUAUUAGAUAAAUCGAACGAAGACAAACGACUAGACGACCAGGAAAUUUCUUCAUUUAUUGAAGAAAACAG